CCUUCCCUGGUCUUCCACUGCUCGACUAAAACGGCGAAGGAAACGGCGGGGUUGCGCAGGCAGUUUCCUAUCCAAUUCUGCUUUCCAUGAAGAAGUGCUGAGAUGCGUGAAACAGUCUCUGCAGCAAGCUUGUUGGUCGCCACCUCUCGCUUUCUUGUGUGAAACGUUGUCAUGGAAACAAAGUGGUUAGUACGGAGGAAGAAGCCUGCUUGGUGAUGUCAUCAGAGCGCGACGAAGUCAGUUCUUUCUGGGUAACAUGGCGGAAGAAGUUGAGCCUCAGAGAGAAGAUGCUACUCUUCCUCCAUCUUCUAUCUCUGCACCCGCCGAGCUUUCCGUCGUGGAAGUGACUGCGGGGCAGGAGAAGGAGCCUGUGGAGGUCAAGGUGGAGGUGCAGGCUGUGGAGGUUAAAAGCAAAGAAGCUGCAGAACUGAUCCUUGGAGAACUGGAGGAAUCUACAUCACAGGCCUGUGCAGCCAAGAAAAUUAAAAUAGAGAUAAAGGAUAAAAAAGACAAAAAGCACAAAGUGGAUGAAGAUGAAAUUCAAAAAAUGCAAAUAUUAGUUUCUUCUUUUUCUGAAGAACAACUGAAUCGUUAUGAGAUGUAUCGUCGAUCAGCUUUUCCCAAGGCUGCUAUUAAAAGGCUGAUUCAGUCAAUCACUGGAACCUCUGUUUCUCAAAAUGUGGUCAUUGCUAUGUCAGGAAUUUCCAAAGUCUUUGUUGGGGAGGUGGUAGAAGAAGCACUAGAUGUUUGUGAGAAAUGGGGAGAAUCACCACCUCUGCAGCCAAAACACAUGCGCGAGGCAGUCAGACGUCUGAAGACAAGAGGUCAAAUCCCCAACUCAAAAUAUAAAAAAAUCCUGUUUCACUGAAGAGGCAGUAGGACAAUGAGAUUUCCACUUGGAGCAGAUGAACAUUUUUGCUGAUGGUGUCUUUAAAGGCUUAAUGCCUGUAAGAUCUAUUUAACAGCCCUCUGGUAAGAAUAAACUGUUUCUGAAAUCAUGGACUACUGAAGAACUAGCAAUUCUGCAGUUUGUUUGGACUGAACAUAAAAAGCAUUUGUGAGUAUGUGAAAACUGUUGUAAUAAGAAUAUUCCAGCCUCAUGAAAUGUUUUAAAAGAUUCCUUGUAAAUGGACAUAAGUACAGCUGAACAAGAAAUGUGUUACAAAAAAUAAGAAACUCAAUAAAAGAACUAUUUAAA